UAGUGGAAGCAGCUGGUCUGGGGGGAGGGCUUAAAGGAGAGGGCCUUAGGGCAGGUACAGCUGUGGAGGUGAGCUGACGUGAACAGAGAAACGUUGUCAAGCCCACCCUCCGUGCACACUCAUGUGGCCUUUCCUGAGCAGCACUCUCUUCCCACCUCCUACUGAAGCCUGGCUCCAGACAGUCUCCUCAGACCUCGAGGCCCAAGGCUGGGGGGCCUGGACCAGGAUGGAGAAGACCCCUCUCGGGCCAGGGAAUGGAACGGAGAGUGAUGAGGAAGCUGAGGAAAACCAAGAUGCAGGCUUCUUGCUGUCUCUGCUGGAGCCAGAGAACCUGGCCAAGUGCACAGUACCCAACCAGGAGCUGGAGGCCAUCAAGCUGAAGCUAUGGGCCAUGGAGCAUGCUGAAGCACUGCUGGAGCCACCCUGUGUGCUGGACAAGACCACAGAGGAAGAGGGGGCCAGGGCUAGACAGCUGCUGAGCCCUGAGACCAUGGGCUGCUGCUUCCCUGAGACCCCCAAGGAGAAGGUGGAGGCCGACCACAGAUCUGUCUAUGUGGGCAACGUGGACUACGGUGGCUCAGCCGCUGAGCUGGAGGCCUACUUCAGCCCCUGUGGGGAGAUUCACCGAGUCACCAUCCUGUGCGACAAGUUCUCUGGACAUCCCAAGGGCUAUGCCUACAUAGAGUUUGCCUCCCAGAGCUCUGCUCAGGCUGCUGUGGAAAUGGAUGAGAGCAUCUUCCGAGGCCGGGUCAUCAAGGUACUUCCCAAAAGGACAAACUUCCCAGGAAUCAGCUCCACGGAUCGUGGUGGGCUGAGGACAAACCUACGUAGCAGAGCCCAGCCCUUCCUAAACAGCAGCCUCCAGCACAGGCCCCGGUUCAGAUCCCGUGGGCAGACCCGGGGCCGUGGACGAUUCUCACCGUGGUUCUCACCAUACUGAAGGGAUGGCCUAGUUUUGAGAGUGGGGCCAGAGGCUGGGUCAGGAGUAAACAGCCGUCUUCCCCACUUACUCCAGGCAUGUCUUCCAGCCUGGCAAC